UAGGUUAUGAGCAAAGUCGAAAGCAAGAAAGUAAAAUGUAAAUAAAUAAAUUAUUUUUAAAAAACUGGAGAGCAAUCAGCAACAGUGAAAGUGGGGUCAAUGGUCAAAAAUGUUUAUAGAUAUUGUACAAAAGUUAUAAAACAGGUUUAUAAUUAUUAGUUCGUCUGAAACAACGACUAUGUUUGUGCAAUUUAUCCACUUUUUAGUGCAAAAAUACAUUUAGUUGAAGCAUAUUUUACUUGUUUCAUAUCCAGAUUUAAGAUGUCCCAAAUCUUCAGUAAACUUUCACCAAGCAUCCCUAUUGACACCACAUGCUUCCAAUACGUUCAUCCAUGGAAGGAGUCUUGCAGCAUUGCCAUAGCGGGAUGUUUCCUCUAUUGCAUUUUCGAUUCGUUGAGGAUCUACGGAACUGUUUAUCUGUGCGCCCUUCUAAUGAAAGGCCGUAUACCGAACAAACAAGACUUACAAAGGACACUGUUUGGCGUUCUACAAUCUACAGCCUUUUUGAGUUUCACUGGAUUUGGAUAUAGUUUGUUUUUAUGUACUUUAAGGAAAGUGAUGGGUCAUUUUAACCUUCUAACAGUAUCGUUUUGGCCAGCAUUUUUGUCCAGCGCCUUUGCCAUUUUAAUUGAAAGACCUUCUAGACGGACAUUAUUAUGUUUAUAUGUCAGUAAUGUAGCUACAGAAACAGUAUGGAAUAUGGCCUUAUCCAGAGGCCUAGUUAGAAACAUCCCUUACGGAGACAUUGCCAUUUUCGGUACCAGCAUGGCAGUCCUAUUAACUUAUUACAAAAGCGGUCAUCACCAAGACGUACCAGAUGCGAUGUUCAAAAUUUUGAGAUUUGUCAUAGGUCCAUAUGAGGAAAAGGAUUUCGGUGCUAGAGUCACUCACGAGACUAAUACUUUUUAUAGACAACAAGUGAGCAGUAGUGGUAAUGCGCCAUCUAGGAUACAAGAAGGUUCGUCACAAGUGCGUAAACAAACCAGCACAGUGUGGCAUUUGGUAACCCAAAUGCUACGAAUCUACAAAAAGCUGAUAUACAAGGUGAAGUGUUUUGGAAGGCACCAAUCUUGUCCGCACCCGUUUAGUUGUUUGUACUAUGUUUUAGGGGGAACUGGAAAAAUGUUCAGUGUCGGAUUAGGUCUCCAAAUUACCCUGAAACUAGUAUUGAACCUGAAAAAAAUUUUUGCUUCACCCAAAGCUGUUAAGCAAAUAUUUUUACGCAAAGAUAUUUUAAAUGUAGGCUUAUUUUUGGGACUUUACUGUGGUGCUUUUAGAGGUUCCUUAUGCAUACUUCGUAGAAUAUUUGGUAAAGAUCAUCCUUCUUAUGCAUUCCCUGCUAGUUUACUGGCAAGUUUAGCGUUUAAAAAGUAUCCAGACACAACUGUAGGUCUUUAUGUAAUGUGGAAAGCUGCACAAAUCACUUAUAGUAUAGGCAUCCAAAAAGGCUACGUGCCAAAAGUACCUGGAUUCACCGAGUUCUUAUAUUGUCUCAGUACUGGCAUCUUGUUCCACGCUGCUAUUUUGGAACCAACUAACUUAAGGCCUAGUUAUUGGAAAUUUUUGCAUUCCAUAUCGGGUGGAAGGAUCGCUUGUAUGGCGAGGGAACCUCUGGACGUUUGGGGCCUGAACACCACUGAAAAUCUAGCUAAAGUUUUGAAAUCGACAAAAACCAUUCCUAUAGUGUAUUUCUGAUGGUAUCCAAGUGAAAAUGAGAACAAAAUUUUAAUCGGUCUGGGUUAGUAUACCAAAGUUUACUCACACUUUGGCUCAAAAAUGAUAAUUUGGGGCCUAAUUAAAUUUUUCUGUGUUAAGUUUUAAAUACGUAAUAGCUCUCUUAGUUAGUUUUGUUAGAAUUUAUAUUUUACAGUUAAUUGGUUGGUUGGUUAUUUUACUUUUUAUUGGAUUGUUUGUAGAUAUAGUUACCAGUGUUUUUUUUUUUGUAAAAUAUAUAUAGUUUUUUAUUGAUAUUAAUAUACAUUGUGAUUCAGACAAAAGGAGUAAAUAAUAUUUUUUGAACAUUAAAAACUGUUUAUCUGUCUCCA